AGCAUUGGAGCAAGAUGGCGCACGUCACUGGUGACUGGAAUCCCCUCGGCGAUGUAUUUUAUCGGAAAGUGGAACUGUAUUCUAUGGACAGACUAUGGCAGGAGGUGGCUGACCUUAGGAAAUUUAAGGUUGCCGUUGCUCCGUUUGGAGGACCGAUUGCUCUGAUGAGAGAUAGUAACAAGAUCACCCAGGUCAGGGGUUCUUCGCACAUAGUCAUUUUUAUCUUCUCAGCUGCAGGAAAAGAAAUCUCAAGAAUCAAUUGGGACAGCGGUAAUGUGAUCCAUAUCGGUUGGUCUUUAUCAGAAGACCUUCUCUGUAUCCAGGACGACGGCACGGUCCUGGUCUACAACAUCUUUGGCAAAUACCAGCGUAACUUUAACAUGGGACAGGAAUCGAGAGAAUCCAAGGUCAUUGAAUCCAAAGUGUUCCAUAACACAUCGUAUGGUGGCACUGGUGUUGCUGUCCUGACAGGAACCUACAGGAUCUAUGUAGUGAAUGAUGUACAUAACCCUGCGAGCAGGAAGAUGAUGGAAGUACCAGGACUCGAUGCACCACCCAGCAGCUGGUGUGUGAUAGGGGGCGACAGACAGAACCACAUCCUCCUGGCGAGAGACAAGCGCCUUUACAAGUUAGACCGUAGCGACAUGCAGCAGGAGAUACUUGAAACCAAGACCAAAGAAGUGAAUGCUUUUAUUGAGAUGGCCGUGUCCUUUGACAAUCGUUUCCUAGCACUCUUCAGUGAUACAGGCCUACUGUGGAUCGGGUCAUCUGAUUUACAGAAAACGUACUGUGAGUUUGAUACAAGCAGUCAGAUGCGUCCCAGACAGCUGGUAUGGUGUGGUACCGGUGCUGUGGUAGGAUACUGGGAGAACCUACUUCUGGUGAUUGGACCACAGAAAGACUGGAUCAAAUACAACAUGGAUACAGAUGCAGUGCUCAUACCAGAGAAUGAUAGUCUACACAUCCUCCAGACCCACACACAUGAGCUGCUUCAAAGGGUUCCAGGUGUCGUUGAGGAUAUUUUCAAGAUUGGUUCCAUGGCUCCAGGUGCCAUGCUCUAUGAGGCUUGCAGGGAGUUUCAGAAAGAAAGUCAGAAAGCUGAUGAGUACAUCCGUAUGAUCAAAGAUCAGUUGAGCUUAGCGGUUGAACAGUGUAUAGAAGCAGCCGGGGCAGAGUAUGAACCAAACUCACAAAAACUACUACUCAGGGCGGCAUCAUUUGGCAAGUGCUUUGGGACUAAUGUGAACGCAGACAAGUUUGUGAACAUGUGCAAGCUACUGAGAGUGCUGAAUGCAGUCAGAGAUUAUCAGAUAGGAAUUCCGCUCACAUAUGACCAACUCAAGAAGUUGACAUUGACUGUACUCAUGGACAGAUUAAUCUUGAGAAGACAGUGGGCAUUGGCACAGCAGAUCAGUCAGUACCUCAAGCUGCCAGAAUCAGAGGGUGAAAGCAGGAUACUAGGCCACUGGGCUUGUUACAAGGUUGAACAAAAACACAUUCCAGAUGAGCUGAUAGCUCAGAGCAUCAAGGAAAAGCUUGGUGAUACGCCAGGCAUAGCCUACUCAGAGAUUGCCAAGAAAGCCUCAGAGUGUGGAAGAACACAGCUGGCUGUCAAGUUGUUGGAGUAUGAGCCUAGAGCAGCGGAGCAGGUCCCUCUGUUGAUGACAAUGAGAGAUAGCAGGACAUCCCUUAGAAAAGCUAUCGAAAGUGGAGACACUGACCUAGUGUACAUGGUGCUGCUACAGUUGAAAGAGGAUCUCCCUCGAGGUGAAUUCUUGAUGAUGCUGAGAAACCAUCCACAGGCACAGGACCUUUUCUUGCAGCUGUGUCGAGAGCAACAUCCGAACCUCCUGCUAGAUCUGUACAACCAGAAUGAUAACUUCCAAGAGUUAGCCAACACUGCUGUUAGGGAUAGUCUCACUGAGAAGAAUUUGCAGAAGAGGUUAGAUCAGCUGAAUGCAGCACAAGACAACUAUAAGAAAGCGGCCAAUGAAUUCUCUAUGAAGGCAACAGAGGAAGAGAUCAAGUUGCUAGGUUACCAGCAGAGGAUGCAGGAGCAGUACAAGGAGCAGUUCCUCUAUCUCUCCCUCCAUGACACCGUCCAUAAACUGGUCGCCAAGAACCUGGGCAAGAUGGCCGAGCAACUCCGCAAAGAAUUCAAAUUCCCAGACAAGAGAUUCUGGUGGUUGAAGAUCGAUGCCUUGGCUGGAGCAGGAGAAUGGAUAGAACUUGAAAGGUUUGCCAAGAGCAAGAAAUCACCCAUUGGAUAUGAGCCAUUCGUGGAGUUGUGUAUGAAACAUCACAACAAGUAUGAAGCCAACAAGUAUGCUGCUAAGGUUGCUCCUGAACACAGGGUCAAGAUGUACAUCAGAAUGGGAACCCUAGAUGAAGCCGCUGAGCUCGCAUUCCAACAGAAGAGUGAGGAGGAUCUCAAUCUGGUUCUCAGACAAUGUGCCGGUAACAGACAACUCUCGGCUAAGAUCAACACCAUGAAGCAACAACUAGGCAAGAAAUAGAAUCCAUCAGACUCCUGAGAGAGAUGCAAGGACUUUCCAACACGAAGUAUGGUUUCCAUGGUCGCAAACAGAGUGCAAUACCAGUGUGCAUCACAUAGUGAAUUGAGAAAUUUUACACCAUCCUUUUACCUUAUUUUAUCGUGCAGUCGAAUGGGUUGUAUACAAUUUAUAUUACCUAUGAGGAGAGAAUUCCAUGGUUUUUUUUUCUUUCAAGUUGAGAUGAUGUUGAAUAGAUUAUUGAUUUAUCGGAUGGAGUGGAACUCUUAUUUAUACUAAACAUCCAAGACCUUAUUUAGUUCAGAGUUGAACUGCAGCAGCAUUAUAAUACACAAACCCAACCUGUCUUGUUUUACUCCACUAGGAGUGUUGAGUUGUGAUCAAAAUCUUGAUCCAGGGUGUUAAAGACACUUAGUAGUAGGCUCUCAUGGGUAGUCCGACACCAUUCGGGUGCUGUUAUGACCAACAGGCCUUGUGUAGUGCUCUGCAUUUUCCACCCUUCCCUCUUUCGUUAAAGUCAUAAUCUUACAUUUCCCUCGCCCAAAGGCUCUCUGAGAGAUUAUGGGGGGGGGGGAUUUUGAUGGGACUACGGGUUUGCUGUGUGCGAAACUUGUACACCCAUUAAUGGUAUUUCCACCGAGUCUGGUGUCAGAGAUUUAUGACCUUCUGCACGUGGAAACUGAAGACAGGAAAGGUUGGAAUCAUCAGUUUUCCUCAUGUGUGAGAGAUGAUGUUAAAGUUUGAAUCAUAAGAGAGUAUCCAAGAUACUAAAGAUGAGAGAAUGUGAUGGUAAUGAUGAUGAUCAUCAUCAUGGAAAAUGUAGUGAUAGUGAUGUUAGUGAUGAUGUUGGUGAUAGGAUGAAAAGGAGGAAGAUGUUGGUGACGUUGGUGAUGAUUGUGAUAAUGAUGUUGAUAAUACGAAUGAUAGUGGUACUGCUGGUAGUCGUGAUGAUGAUGAUGAUGGCAAUGAUGAUUAAGAAGAUGGUGACAGUGAUUCUGAUUAUCUUUUUCUGUUGAGCUUCACAACCUAUCACCCAGUGGAUGUUUGUGGCACUUUCUCCAGACAAUGGUAAUGAGAAUGAUAUGAGAAAUGACACAAAACAGAGCACAAAUCAGAAAUUGGAUGAAGGUGGACCAA